AUGGCUCCCCAGGAGGGCAAGGACAAACUCGCCGGAGCGCCGCCUGUGCUCUGGAGUGCACAGGACGCAGUUGCUGAAGAACCCUCUAUUACAGGCUCCUCCGACGGUUCCCUUCCAUCCAAUCUUGACCCAGACCAUGGAAACGGAGCAUCGCCAGCGGUACGGUUCGCGUCUACCACCGAGGAUAUCGAGCCCCAGACUCUUGAAGGGCUUAACGUCACCCUCCCAACACGUACUCUAUCCGCCUCGGAGAAUGACAGGUACACGGAUAUAGCGGGAUCAUUCCAGCUGCCACACCUACAAGAACGCCGAGCGAGUCAAUUUGUCUUUGAACCAGUGUCUCUUCCAGCUUCGAGGGUUCCUUCCUCAACUGACGAUGGCUCUCGCGAACCUAGUCGUUUCAACACACAAAGCUCGUCUGGUCGACCCUCACCUCACCAAAGCCCUCGACCAGAAUUGAUGGACUCGCCGCCUAUCACUCCUGCUGCUACACGGUCCCGGGAUGCUAAUGAGGGAACGGGAAAGGGCGCGGCUCUUCAAAAAGUGGAGGCUGAGGAAGACCCCAGCGCCAUCACCCCUCAAAUCUCACCGCCUGGAACCUCCAGUGCCUCCCCGUCUACUACACAUCUGGACGAUUCUCGGCCAAAUACCUCUAGCCAAGUAACCGAUAGAUCAAGUAUAUCAGCAGACUUAUCGAAUGCGCAUAGGAAACAUCACGGUGCAUUCUACAUCGGUCCUAGCACACGCGGGGCUUCUAUGCCAGCAUCCAGAGAACACAGCCCGACCCGAAUACCAACCGGUUCGGUUUACAGUAGACCUUUCACUCCUGCAGGAGACGCGAACGACCCAUAUGCGGCCCAUAAACGGCCGCCACAGGCUAAGAACCUCGACGCGAUUGAUCAGAGGUUUAAAUUUACGGCGUUAGGCUCAAAGCAUCGCCAGAACAAUAACCCACCCCUUCCUCGAUCGUCCAGAAGUACUGCCGAACUGAAUAAGGAGGAUAGAAAGCCGCCCAGUAUAUUCAGCGGGGGCCAAAAAUCUCAUAUAACGCAAGACGACAGUUCUGCGUCUCGCCUUCGAACAUCGGGAUCGAUGUUAGAGCUUAAACGAUUCCUAAAAAUCGGCAGCCGCCAUAGGGCAAAGAGAGGAGCUUCACCUGCCCCGUCGUAUAGGUCUGGGACGCAAACCCCACCGCACCACAAGACACCCCAACAGCUGCCGUUCGAUGAUACCCAUGGGUUGGCAUCUAAAUAUGGCAAGUUUGGAAAGGUCCUAGGUGCCGGAGCUGGUGGUUCUGUGCGGUUGAUGAAGCGAGCGACUGAUGGCACAACGUUUGCGGUCAAGGAAUUUAGAGCGAGACAUUCUUACGAGACCGAGAGGGAAUAUGCCAAGAAAGUCACUGCCGAGUUCUGCAUUGGAUCAACUCUACAUCAUGGUAACAUUAUUGAUACAUUAGAUAUUAUACAGGAGAAAGGACGGUGGUACGUGGUGAUGGAGUAUGCGCCGUUUGACCUGUUUGCGAUUGUGAUGACGGGGAAGAUGUCGAGGGAAGAGAUCACCUGUUCCUUUUUGCAAAUCCUUAGUGGUGUCACAUACUUGCAUGGUAUGGGGCUGGCACAUAGAGACAUGAAACUCGAUAACGUCGUGGUGAACGAGUAUGGGAUCAUGAAGAUCAUCGAUUUUGGAAGUGCAAGCGUGUUCAAGUACCCAUUUGAGAAUGGGAUUAUGCUGGCUUCUGGAAUUGUUGGCUCGGAUCCCUAUCUCGCUCCCGAAGUUUAUGAUGAGAGAAAAUAUGACCCGCAGCCUACCGACAUCUGGUCUCUCGCCAUCAUCUUCUGCUGCAUGUCUUUGAGGCGAUUUCCGUGGAAGAUGCCCCGAAUUACCGACAAUUCAUACAAACUUUUCGCCUCAGCGCCAACUCCUGGGACAGAAAUGAGAUCCACAGGAGUUCCAUCAAAAUCGAGAACAAGUCUAGACACCCCAGACAGAGACGUCGUUCCAGAAUCCACCCCAGCACCGAAAUCGGUGACGGAGAAAGCCGAGCAACCAGCCAAUGGGCGCCCAUCUACAGCUACCACUACGGAACCAGAGAAGAAACCAGAGGUCAUUAAGGGCCCAUGGCGCCUCCUACGUCUGCUUCCUCGGGAGAGUAGGCAUAUUAUAGGGCGUAUGCUGGAAAUCGACCCUAAAAAGAGAGCGACGAUGGAUGAAGUUCUUGCUGAUCCGUGGAUUUCCGGGACCACAAUCUGUAGACAAGAUUAUGCUGGUCCGGUAUAUCCCUCCCCGACACACACGCAUACCUUAGAACCUCCCGCGGCCCCUCCACAGCCUGCGAAGUGA